AUGGGAAGCAAUUCAUCAAAAGUUACAAAACUUCGAAAGAAGAAAAGUCGUCAAAAACAAUCGUCAAACGAAAGUAGUUACUCCAGCAAAAGUUCUUUCAGCGAAGAAGCAAGUUUCGAAAGUUUCGACAUUUUACCUGAAGAUUUGACCACCGAAUAUGAGAUGGCUAUCGCAAGAAUUUGGGGAAUGGAAUAUUAUUCGGCACCCGUGGAUGACAUUCUAACGACCACCGGAAAGAUUUUGGAGGCCGGGUGCGGCAAUGGUUCAUGGCUAAUUAACUUGUCUCGAAUAUAUCCCAUAGCAGAAUACAUUGGAGUGGACUUGAAUCCCGUAACCAACGUGAACUAUCCACAUAAUGUAACGAUAAUAAAGGGCGAUCUAUUGUCACUACCAUAUGACGAGAAUCAGUUCGAUUUUGCGAAGAUGUCGAAUUUCUCGUGCUAUUUGACAGAUAACGAAUGGGUGCAAGGCAUCUCAGAGAUGAUAAGAGUGACAAAAUGCGGAAGUUGGGUAGAAUUUUGGGAGGUCGAGCCAAUAUUAUCAAAGAAUGCUCCUACUUAUAUGUAUUUUGUCGAAAGUUAUAACGAAUACCUGACCUUAAGCGGUAUAACUGGUGUGAGUGUCACAAAACUGGAAUACUUUCUGUACAGUUCUCGAAAAUUAGAUAACAUCCAGUGCUCCUCAAAAUCCAUGGUUAUAGGACAAAAGGGUGGGGAAGAUGGUAUCAUCCUGCUGAAGUGUUUUUCUCAAUGGUUUUUGGAACUUCAUUGCGAAAGUUUAUCCAAAUAUAUGGGCAUAUCACAAGAGGAGUAUAGAAGGAGAUGUAAAAUUAUGCUAGAUGAAAUAGAACAAACUAAAGUAGAACUAAUAUUUCGUAGGUUCUGGGCUCAAAAAAAGAUGAACCCAGGCGUGGAUUGA